AUGAAGACGAUCUUCAGGAGAAGGUUCCUCCGGGAGCCCCUCAGGAGGUGCUGGAGGAAGCUGUGCUCGUCGCCAUGGGAACACUUGCGGUGGAACCGAGGAGGAGGGGAGAAACGGGCCGUGCCGAGGGACGUGCCGAGGGGCCACACGGUGCUGUACGUGGGGGAGAGCUGCCAGAGAUUCGUUGUCCGAGUCGACUUCCUCGGCCACCCACUGUUCCGGCCGCUCCUCGACCGCGCCGGAGAGGAGUACCAGUUCCGCCAUGGCCAUCGCCUGCGCAUACCCUGCGACGAAGGCAGCUUCCUCGCCGUCCUCCACCUCGUCACCGCCCGGCGAGUUCGACGCCGCCGCCUCUGUCUGUGA